AUGUGGCUUUUUGUGGUACCUGCGCACCAGGGAACGUCGUACCAGCGUAGCAGCUCGAGGCGCUCGGCUGUGAGACGCGAAGGAUUUGCGAUCGGGUUCCGAUGCCGUAGUCGCCAGGGCAAGCAUUAUGCACCUUUGUUUCGUCAGACGGUUGUCGGGGGUCGCCAUACGCGCCACCAGCAUGCAGGCAUUCGAAACCUGCGUGCACAAGGGGAACCCUCGUCGACGCCGCCGCCGCAGGUCCCGUUUGAGCUUCGCGGCUUCUCGCUAGCCAAGGUCGUGACCGGGAUCGGUGCACUGCUCACCGUCUAUUCACUCUAUGUGUAUUUCAAGAGUGCAGGCUCGGCAUCAGAAACAUCUCUGACGCUCAUUUACGGGAUGCCUAUCUUGCUUCUCGGUCUGGCACUGUGGUACGCAGAACUCGAACCUGUGCCGAUCUCGACAACGGACGAUCUGGUAGUCCUUCGGGAACGAAAGGCGACAACGACGCUCAAGCAGAUCAUUCGUGAUGUCACGCGCCAUAGGUAUGGCGACGAGGCGCAUUUAUCGGGCGCGCUUCGGGUGCUGGGCGUCAUUAAGAGAGGCGACCCGGCACCAGUGCUGCUUCGCCUGCGAGAGUCUCGCGAGCCGGGUGAAGAAUACGGGCUUGCACUCGUUUUCGAAUGCCGCGAGACGCCGUUUGAGGCCUUUCAAGCUGUAGAGGAUCGAAUCGAUAGAUUCUUUGGUUCGGGUAUUCGACACGAACUGCGAAAAAUAAGUGAGGAUCCGUUGAUUGUGGAACUGAAACUCAUCACUUGUCGUCGGGAGACGGCAACUGUACUCCCGGAUACGCUGAAGCAAGCCGUUGGCCAGAGCAACCUGAACCCCGAACGGGGCGCGACACGAACACCUACACCAGACACACCAGACAACGACAGCGCAAAUGGUGCUUCAACUGCCGCUGCUGAUGAUGGUGCUAGCGCUGGUGAUGCUGCAAAGCGCGACCGCCUCAAUGCGCUGUCUUCCCAAGCGGAUAGCAGCAGCACAGGGCACGCUGCGAUCGGACGUGAGCCUCACCAGAACCCCACCGAGUCACUCGCUCCGUUCGCGCUAUUCGGGUUUCGACCGACGCCGCUGCCGGGACCUCCACGUCAGAGAAAUUAG